GGGAAUUGGGCCGUUUCGCCUCUGUGGCCUCGAUCUAACACAUGCACUGGAACCGUGCAAGCCCAUGUUAAUACAAGUCUCGCUUCGUAUCAGAAGAGCUUCGCGAGGACACUUGGAAGUUACUCGUGGCUACAAUGAUGUGCAAUGUCACUCGCGCGUCAGUAGCACUUCCCAUCCUCCGGGAUAUCCUCGACAAAUGGCAAAAUCCAUCCGCAAUGAUUCAAGCCCCAGUACCUAUUUUGACAGAAAUGUUAAAGCCAAUUGGGUUACACGUCAAGCGAGCAUCAAGAAUGAUAUUGCUCAGUCAUGCCUUCCUCGUUGACCCUCCAGAUUUUUCCAACCUCCGGAAACCUACAAGCCCCAAGAAGCGAACAGACGGGACACACUAUCCUCCCACACCCAUAUCUCACCUGCCAGGAGUAGGUCCUUAUGCUCUAGAUUCGUUUCGGAUAUUUUCCCCUUACAUGUCUGGUGGGGGAGCGGCUUCAAGAGAAAAAGAAGCCUUGGCACUGCUGGCCGAAAAGUACGCCGAUGGUUCUGACACGGCCAGUGACGUCCUUUCACCAUCACUCGGGUUUGAAGAGUGGAAAAAUGUCACCCCAAGUGACAAAGAAUUAGCCCGAUAUAUGGUUAGUCCCCUUGUUUCCUGCCAUAAAUACCUUGUCCUUCCCCGCCCACACGGUUGCAAUUUAGAUAUGGAGAUGGGCGAUCGAAGGUUUUGAAUGGAACCCAGAAGAUGGUCUUGUCGGACAAGCCACUCUAUCCUACUUGAAUUCUCUCACUCAGAGACCUUGAGACGAUCCAGACUAGUGGCAGGUAUUUUCACCAGGUUGGCCACCUCCAUGGCUAAGUUAAAGCAGCAGCAGACAACAAAAGCAACCAGGUUCUCAUGGACUAAUUGCUACUGUAUUUUCCGGAACUUCAGGGCGAUUAUGACUUGCUGUACUUUUUUCACAUAGGUGCUACAGGUGUAAUCGAAGAUCCAAGUUCAAGCAGUCCAAACGCCCUUGACGAACUCCGUAAGACCUAAACACACUUUUUUGGUUAACCACAAAUCAUCAUCCAAGGGGGCAUCCAAAAAAAACAUUACCGAUAUCUUGUGUGUUAAACGAAUAAACACCAACGAGCGCACCACCCGUGGCAAACCUCAACCCCCACUUGGCAACCUGU